AUGUUUCUCGUUCUCGAUAACACCUCAUACUACCACUGCUUUGACGAGGAGCUCAAGGUGCCCGAAAACAAGAGUAAGAAGUACAACGUCGAAUUCUUGCGCAAGUACGGUUGCACGUCGUUCAAGGUGACGCGUGAGUCGGAGGGUAAGGCUGCUGAGUACAAUUUUGAGGUGCCGGCGCAGGGGUCGUUACCCAAUGCGAACCGCAAGAAUGGCGUCAGCAAAGAAGAGAUAGCGUCCGUCACUCGGACGUACUUCAAAACGAAUUUCCCACAAAAAAAGCUCGAGGACAAGGCUGAGACGUACAUGAGGGAGAAGGGGUGGGGGUUAAUUUGGACACCGCCGUACAUGACGAAUUUCCAGUCGAUCGAGCUGUUCUGGCAGCACGUCAAGCAUUACGUGAGCAUUCAUUUUGAGAAGGGGGGGAACAUGUUGGAUGUCUGGAGGCAAAUCCGUCUCGGUUGGUAUGGAGACCCGGAAUGGGGUGGUCAGGAGGGGGGGUGGAAGGCAGCCAAUUGUGAAAAGUUGGUGGAGCAUGCCAUUGGCAAGAUGAACGAGUGGAUCGGCCUGUAUGGUGGAAACCUGAGCGGUACGAUCGGGAGCCUCGAGUAUCCAGUGGCAGAGUACCAAGAGGCUAUGGCCGAGGAUGAGACAGAGGAUAGGGUGGAAGAGCAGAAGGACGAGUGGCUGAGUGAAAAAAAUGCAAAAAAAAAUCCCCUUUUUUGGGCCAAAAUGUUUCGAUUUUGA